UCCAGUGCUCAGCUGAUCGUCGAUCAGUAACUUCGUACUUUCCCAGGGGUUGAUGGUGAUAGUAAAAUGAACAACUAAAACAACAGCGUCCGAUCUUCUUCUGCGAUCGCCCACAACUUGACUUUAACCGGGGGAAUCUGGCAGUCGCUUGCAUUUCUUUCGGGCGAGUUUCACGUGUAGCCCAGUUAUUCCUGAGUCACACUAGCAUCUCAUCGAAGCUCCACCGGAAUAGCUGCAGCCGCAGCGGGGGGGCGCAGUAAAUACCUCCUUUGAAACACUAUAUAUUAGAACUUCAUCCAGUCGUAUUCCUUCAAGCAAAUCUUCAUGCCGCUCGACAUAUCCAACUUACUCUCUCCUGUACAAGAACCUGCCUUCUGGCCAGAGUCAUCUGAGAGGGUGAUACUGGAACCAUACACCUACAUCACCUCAAAACCUGGAAAAGAAAUCCGCACGUUACUCAUCGAAGCUUUCAACAAAUGGCUCUCAGUUCCUCGCGAGCAACUCGAUGUCAUAUCGCGCGUCGUGCGAAUGUUGCAUAGCGCUAGUUUGAUGGUGGAUGACAUCGAGGACGGAGCACAACUCCGGAGGGGUCAACCAGUGGCCCAUCGAAUAUAUGGUAUCCCGCAGACGAUCAAUACUGCCAACUACGUGUAUUUCUUGGCGUACAAGGAGUUGGCGAUAUUAAGGAACCAUGACCCCAAGGGCGACGAAGUCAGGGUAGUGGCAAACAAGGACUUGGACCUCGUCGUAACGGAAGAGUUGCUUGCACUUCAUCGAGGACAGGGUCUCGAGAUCUUUUGGAGGGAUUCGUUGCAAUGCCCGACGGAGCAAGAGUAUAUCUCCAUGGUCAACAACAAGACCGGUGGUUUGUUCAGAAUUGCCAUCAAACUCAUGAUGGCUUGUGCAACGACCAACGUUGACGUUGACUAUGUGCCUUUGGUGAACCUUUUUGGAGUGUACUUCCAGAUCCGCGAUGACUAUAUGAACCUUCAGAGUACAGAGUACUCGAAUAACAAAGGCUUUGCGGAAGAUCUUACUGAGGGAAAGUUCUCUUUUCCCAUCGUUCACGGCGUGCGAGCAGAUGAAAAGAACCGCGUUAUACUGAAUGUUCUUCAGAAGCGGCCCACGACGCCCACCUUGAAACACCAUACCAUCGACCACCUCCGCUACAAAACUUCUUCAUUUGAUUACACGCUCAACGUGACAAGUUCGCUGGAACAACAGGUCCGUGCGGGAAUAGCCAGGUUAGGCGGAAACGACCAGCUCGAAGGCAUUUUGGAUGCGUUGCAUGUACCAAUGGACGUCGGUGCUGCAGGGACAACAGAAAGUAGUUCCAGCGUGCUUUAGUGGUAGAUAUUUUUAUGAUAUGGAGAGUAGUCAACAAUACAUUCGACUCAGAUUGG